UUAAUUGAAGUAUUGAACCAAAUAUAAAGUGUGAAGAGGGUCUAAGUUAAGCAAAGGUGAAAAGUGAAGGGACUAACUAAUGACAGGUAGCCGCUGUUGGCGACAUCAUUACGGAAGCGCUGAAGAACCUUGGAAGCCCUUCACUGUCUGUCUGCGUGUCUCUCUUCUUCCACUUCUAGUCCCCAAAAACAGUCAGUAGCUGUGGAGAAGAAAAUGGCAUCGUCGUCAUCAACGGAAGCGGAAACAACGACAGAGAGAAGAGGAAUACCAGGAGCUCAAUUCGUAGAGGAUGUUGAAACCUAUCUCACUCAAUCUGGUCUUGAUGUUAACUCUUCCCUUUCUUUUCUGCAAGAAAGACUACAGCAAUAUAAGCUGGUGGAGAUGAAACUUCUUGCCCAACAUAGAGAUCUUCAGGCAAAGAUUCCCGACAUAGAGAAGUGCUUAGAUGUGGUUGCCAUUUUACUGGCUAAGAAGGGUACCGGUGAGCCUCUUAUCGCUGAUUUUGAAGUUUCUGAAGGCAUAUAUUCUCAGGCUCGCAUUGAGGAUGCUGGCUCAGUCUGUUUAUGGCUGGGAGCAAAUGUCAUGUUAGAGUAUUCAUGUGAAGAGGCCACUGCUCUUCUACAAAAGAAUUUGGAUAACGCUAAAGCUAGUUUAGAAGUUCUAGUUGCCGAUCUACAAUUCUUGAGGGAUCAAGUCACAAUAACACAGGUUACUAUUGCUCGUGUGUAUAAUUGGGAUGUUCACCAGAAGCGCAGAAUGCGAGAAGCUGUUACUGCUGAGAAAGACUCAUGAAACAGGAGUUCCACUACAGCCAGGUUUCAGAGGGAGCAAAGCAUGCUUAUCUGCUAGGAUUAUGGUAUUAAUCUCUCGUUUCUUAUUUUGGUGAAGGUAUUUUCUCUGCAUACCUGUUGAUGUUUUCUGCAUAUCUACACUUCUUUUUUGGAUUCUGGUUCCCUGUAGUUCAUGCAGAAACUUGUUAUAUUAUUUGGAUCAUUUUUCUUACAUGAUAGAACCUCUUGGCUUGAGCUGUAACCAUCUAUAUUAACUGAAAGCCCAUUGGCUGUUGACUGUUUUGUAAGCUUUUGGUUUCAAAAAGAUGCAUCUACUUAAGUUUCA